AUGGCUAGCGGGAUCACGAGACCGCCACCGCAUACGCAGCACAGCGCCGCGGAAGCUGCAGCUGACCUACCCCAGCCUUUCUCGCGGAAUGGUGGCUGCAACCACCAGCUGCUGGCGCGGGUCAGAGGCUUCGAUAGAGCUCCCCACCCACGGGACGACGGGAGCAAUCACGAUUUCAGGAUAUUCUGGUCCAAACAACAGUCGGCCUUGGUAGUCUGGAAGGAUGCAAAUGCUGGCGGGAGGUGGUUGUGCGCGGUCGUGCAUUUGCCUCACAUCGCGAGCGCAUGUGCGGCCGCCAGAAACAGAAACCACCAACUCAUCCAUGGAUCAAGCGCGCGAGAGCUCUGGCGAGGAAAGACGGAUCUUGCUCCGCAGGACGCAGAUGGCUAUUGGUGCAACCGCGAGAGUGAGCAAUCGUACGCUACGGGAUUCUCGAAUGCCACGACUCUCGUCGUUGGUGGCCCCAAGCCAGACCAAGCAUUGCUUCAACAGCGACGCUGGAUGGAUCGUGAUGGAAUACCUCUCAACGCAUUCCAUCCGAACGGCAUGCUUGGUUGCAUGGCCCACACAAGCGACGAUCUAGGUGCCGACUGA